AAUGUUUGGUUUGUCUGUUCCACCAUUUACACUCAAAUCAAAAUCAUAUGGUAUUAUUGCACCCGCUUUCGCUAACGAAAUAGAAUUGUCUCUAGCCUGCAAAAUGAUCUGUGAUGCAGUAUCAAAAUUUGCAGUUAAACAUAAAUGCGAGAAGAGAUGGGCCAAUGACGUCACACAUUUUAUUAGCAAUUGUCAAAAGAGGAAAAGUGUUAAAAUUACAGAUUGUCAACUAACUUCAACUCUUCAUGAAGUUAAAUUCUAUGUUGCCAGCCCAGCUUGUAGCAAAAUAAGAAAUGCAUCAAUAAAUUUUGAACAAGCAAAAUUUCAACUAACUAAUAUCUUAGAAGAGAAAGAAUCAAUUAUAGGAGAAAUAAAGAUGAUUGAUUCAAAUGACUAUGAAGAUACUGAAUCCUGGUUUUUGAAAUACGGUUACCAGUCUCCUUUGCAAUUGAGUCAAUUUUGUGGAGAAUUUGGAUAUGAUCCACUAUACUCUUUCAUCUAUUAUAAAAAUCUAGUUGAAAAAGUUGACAUGGUUUACCUUAACUGUGGCGAUAAUAUAAUCAAAAAUUGUUUCCUGUCAGCCUUAAAAAAUAGAGUUUUCAAUGAUAAGGACAACCUGACCCAGAUUUCUGAGCUGGUUGAAUUUGAUCAGUUCACUUGA